AUGCAGCUCUCUAGCCUGGUUUUACUUGCCGCGGUAGCGGUAGCGAAGCCGACGGUGUACUUCAUCCGCCACGGCGAGAAACCCGACGAAGGCAACGGUCUGAGUGUCGAGGGUGAACAGCGAGCUGAGUGUCUACGAACAGUGUUCGGGGCCAGCUCGCAAUACAACAUUGGACACAUCAUGGCACAGACACCGAAAGACAGUGGUAAACGCCAACGGCCCUACCUCACAGUGAGGCCUCUAGCCGAUGACCUCGGUCUGACGGUCGACGUCUCGUGUGACCGAGAUGACGAGGCGUGCGUUGCCGAUGUGGUUGAUGACUAUGAUGGCGAUGGAAACAUCUUGAUCUGCUGGGAGCAUCACCAACUCAGCAAGCUCGCCGAGGAGCUGGGCGCGGACGACGUCGAUGACUACCCUGAUGAUUCCUACGACCUCAUUUGGACCGCUCCCUAUGACUACAGCGAGAUUGUGUCGAUAACAUCUGAAAAUUGCCCUGCAUUAGAUGAUUUGCACACUCGGCGUCUUGUUAGAAAGCAACCAGUUAGGCCUCGGUACAACAGGCAAUCGAGAGAAGACUGA